CGAUCAUUGUUUACAUUUUUCGCGGCUCGCAAUAAAUGUGGUUUUCGUUCGGCGCGGCGCGCUCCAACUUGGUGAUGAACAUAAAAUAUUGUUUUGCGUUUUUCCGUACUGACAAUUAAAAUACCCGAAUUUAUCCAGUCGACAGUCCGACACCGAACACCGUCGGCGGCCGGUCAACGUUAUUAAUGCGGUUACAUCUCGGACAAUAUAACAAUGAACGCCGCAGACACAUCUGACGCUUUGGACUUGACCAAAGAAAAUAUAAGACCAUUGAGACAAGGUAGAAAACCUACACAACUAGAAACGGCUUUACAAGCACAAUCUAAUACUGAAGUUCAACAGAAAUUGAACAAGGAAAAAGACAAAUAUGAACACGACAUCCGAACUUACGAAGGAGAAGACCCGUUGGCACCUCGUUUUGAAUAUAUCAAAUGGCUAGAACAAAUGUAUUUAACACACGGACCCGACAGCAAUUUUUGGCCGCUCAUAGAAGAAACGGUGCAAAAGUUCAAAGACGAUGCAAUGUACAAACAAGACCCGAGAUUCAUUCAAGUCCUGAUAAAAUUUAUUGAAAAUCAACCAAAUGCCGUCGAACUGUAUCAAACCGUGUACAAUCAGGGACUGGGCACGAUGUGUGCAAUGUUUUACCGCGCUUGGGCCGAUCUUUUGGACAGGUACAACGAUUUUAAACGAGUGGAUCAGAUAUUCUUGCUCGGAAUACAAUCAAGAGCAGAACCCAUUCAGGAACUCGAACAAGCCCACGUACAAUUCCAGCUAAGUGUCGCCAGACGAAUGAUAAACGGUGAGUUGCAGAAUGACGACGACAAAGGCAACGAGCCGAACAAGAGACAAGCUUUUAGCGUUUUGAAGAAGGGCGAAACUCACACUGGAACCAGACGCGGUGUGGGUGGUAUCUUGGGAAAAGUGCCGCAAAACGGUAAUUUUAACGGAAAAACUUCGGCUUUAAGAGUUUUUGAGGACAACGAUGAAAACGCAUUACUUGGCGUGGACAACAACAAUUGUAACCUGGCUACCAAGGGAGUGAACAAGGAGAACACUGUGAAAGCUGGACCAUGGACGAAACCUAAGAGCAGCCGUUCCAAAGCUGGCCCGAAACCAUUACCUUCAAUAAACUUUGAAGUUCACCAAGACAACAAUACGGAAUGUGUGACAAAACUAAACGGCAUAACCGUGCCAAAUGCUUUGCGGAGUAUAAAAAACCAUGCAAACCUCACGUGUCCUGUUGCUGUGUUUGAGCCGCCAGAUCCCACUAAGCGUCCGAUGUAUUGCAAAGACAAAGUUUAUGCAGCCGGAAGAGACAUCCAGAUCGAAGAGAUAAGAUACGAGAUUUACCUGAAACAGCUUAAAGAAAAAAAAGAGAAAAUGUUAGCUUCCCAAACCAACAAAUCCCCAUUGAGGGUCAAAGUUAAGUCUCCGGUCAAAGUCGUGAUUGAAAAACAACCAUUGAAAAAUGUAAUUCAAUUUGACGACGACAAUGAAAAAGUUUCAGCCAACAAAGCUCCUCUUCCGCCAUCACAUCGAAUGGAGUCUGACCCUAUGUUGAGUCAGUCGUACACGGUAAACACGAGAGUAGCGAUCGAUCUGGUACAACAAAUGUGGAACAGUCCGUGUGAAGAUAAACUGGCAAAGGUACACGAUGUGCCGAGCGGUAUCAAUCAAGUGCCAUUUGCAGGAUUUAGUGGAAACAAAAACGGAGCCCAUUCGGAAAACCCUACAAAUUUUAUGGUUUACGAAGACAAUGCUCCUCCUGCAUCUGCACCGACGGAAAACCAGAAAUUUAGUGUGUACAGUGACGACGAUGUCGUUAGUUCAAACAAAGUUGAAACUAAAAAAAAUAUUCCGGCCAACAUAAAUGUCUAUGUCGACGACGAAGAAAGCGCUGCGCCGGCUUUGACCAAAAAAGAGACGUUUACUGUGUACAGUGAUGAAGUCGAAACGAAUAAUGAAAUUCCCGCCAACUUAAAAGCUUAUGUUGACAACGAUGAACUUGCUUCUAAAAAAGAUGACGUCCAAACUGACGACGACUUGACUUGUUCGACUAAAGCUUUUAUUAUGGUUUUGCCAAGUUCCACGCCAUUGAAUACCGGCGAGUCAAAAACCAAAAAAAACACUGGAAACGCCCUCAAACCGCUCAGAGUAUUUGAUGAGGUCGAAUCUAAACAAUCCGAAGAAUAUCCAGUGGGAAAGAACCUCAGCAUGAUACUGGAAGCGUCCAAAGAGCGCAACAGCAGUAAUUCGUCGGGAAUUUCUACUCUCACGUCGACUCUGAAACCGUCGGUACAACCCACCAAAAUCGAAUUUGGAGACAACAUCAAUCCAUUCGACGACGAUUUGAUAAAUAAAUUACUCAAGGAUGUGGUGAGAUUUCCCGAAGAAAGACAUUUAGGCGGAUAUUCUGAGAUCGAUACUGACGUACCGAGCAUGCGGUCUGAGUUCAAACUAGGAUCCACAAAAAUGUCAUUCCUCACCGAACUGGGAAAAGGAACGUACGCUCGAGUGGUCAAAGCUCGGCCCGAAGGCGAGGGCGCUGCUGAGAGAGCGCUGAAACUACAAAAACCGGCUUGUGCUUGGGAAUGGUAUAUUGGCAAAGAAAUUCAACAUCGUCUCACCGAAUCGGACAAAAUUGCUUAUUUCGUGAACAUGGACUACAUUUAUAUGUUCAACAACGGAUCUAUUAUAUCGAUGGAGUACGCUAUGCACGGAACUUUAUUGUCCGUCAUCUUGGCUUACAAACAAGCGAUGUACAGACCCAUUCCGGUUACGGUGGCGGCUCUUUUCGCUUCUCAAAUCACGUCGGCGGUCAAGUACUUGCAUCAGUGUCAGAUCAUCCACGGAGACUUGAAACCCGACAACGUCGUCGUCAAGUCUUUGCCAAAUUCAUCGAUGCGUCCGUGUGUACAACUCAUCGACUUUGGGCGUAGCAUUGAUAUGACUUUGUUGCCGGCCGGGACAACUUUUACGUAUGCGGUGAAAACGGCCGAUUUCGUGUGUCACGAAAUGAGAGAAAAGUCACCUUGGACGUAUCAGACUGAUCAUUACGGGUUGGCCGGUAUUAUUUACAUGCUUCUGAUGGCCGAAUACAUGAAGACCACAAAGAUCCGCAAAUCUUGGGUCCUGAUGAAACCAUUGCCAAGAUAUAUGGACAAAGACUUGUGGUGCAGUAUUCUGACAAACUUGCUGAACAUCGAAUCGUGUAAGAAACAACCCAAUUUAGACAACAUCAUCGUGCAGUUGAACAAAUAUUUGUCGACCCAACAGAAAGUUAUGUUGAAUCAUCAGUUUGCCAGUUUGAGGAACACUCUUCAAAACCAUUAACGAGACAAAGGUUGACGGUCCGUUGCCAAAACAUUACAUCGUAGUUGUUAGGGUGGUUGAAGACAUUUGUGAAUUUUUCAAUGAUUAAUUUUAUAUUUACUCUUAACUUUAUCGUACUUUUUUGUAGUGUUAUAAUGUUUUAACAUAUUUUUUUAUAUUGAAUGUGAAUAAUUCUGUUCUAACUUUUUAUGAUAAUUUUCGUUUUUUUUUAAUCUCCCUAUUUUCCUUUAAACUACGUAUAUAACGUGAAUUGGAAUAAUUUUUUUUUUUUUUUGAUGAUCAAAAGCAUGUUAACUAUUUACUUAAAAAAUACAUGUAAUUUUAUAUUUAUAUAUUUAUAAUUUUAUGUCAAAAUCGAGUGUCAUAAAAUCUUUUAUAUUAUUAUUUAAUUAAUCAGUGCAACUAAAAGUAAAUCUCAUAUUUUAAUAAUAAAAGAUUUAUUAACGUUAUUGUUAUGGUAAUUAUUCGAGUCGUCCCAGGCAAACGCAUUCAAGUGAUAAAGAGGUACGUUUAUUAUCCAAAAUUGAAUUUAAACCAUUAAUGUUUUAUUCGUUUAUAGAUAUUUGUUGACUUAAGGUUUUUUCAAAUAACUUUUUAUUUGAAAAGUUUUGUCUGUAAAGUAUAAUUUGUUUAAAAAAAUUUCAUUUAACGGCAUUUA